AAGGUCGCGGAGCGGUUCUCGUCUUUCGUCGCUCCCCUCGUGUUCGGCCCCAUUCGGACAGGAGUAGCCAUCGGCGAUGAGGAUGGGGAGGACGCUGCUCGGCGCGGCCCUGGCCGCCUCCCUCCUCCUCGCGGUGGCCGCCGAGGACCACGUCGUCGGGGGCUCGGCGUGGCGCAUCCCGACGAGCCCCGGGCUGUACCGCGCCUGGGCCGACAACCGGACCGUCUACGUCGGCGACAACCUGGUUUUCAGGUUCGAGACGGGGUUCUACGACGUGGUGCAGGUGGGGCGGUGGGAGUUCGAGGAGUGCGCCGCCGCCGACCCCUACCAGCUCCACCGCACCGGGCCCGCCGUCAUCCCGCUCGACCACAAGGGCGUGCGCUUCUACGUCUGCACCGUCGGCAACUACUGCUCCCUCGGCGUCAAGAUCUACGUCGUCGUCCAGCCACGCUAGCCUGCUCCUUCCCCCCUCGGCGUCUCUUCUUCCCCGGCAAUGAGUAGUGUCGCUUGUAAAUUGUAAUCGUAAUUAGACUGCCGUCAACCUGGCAGAGCCAGUAUCCAGUGUGACUGCAUUACAACAGUCUGUAUCGAUCAGGCCAUUCCAUGAUUGCAGAUUUGUGCCCUCAAAACAAAAAGAUUGUAGCUUUGUCACACGAUUAAAGAGCAUCUAGUUCGAUAUAA